AUGCCGUCCCUCCUCAUCUACGCCGUAACGGCACUCAUCACCUACAUCGCCUACAUCCAGCUCCACGCCCUCUUCCGGACCGUUGUGAGAAAGGCGCCGCCAGUGGCAUCAAACUCUUGGUGGGCGUUUCUAAGUGGAAAGAGUGUGCCGGGGAGUGUGCUGAUUGAGCAAUUUUAUGAGAAGUACUCAAAAAACAAUGAAGCGUUCAUGGCUGGCGGGCACUAUGUCCUCCCCCCCUCCGUCUUCGCAGCAAUACGCAAGAUCCCCGACCGAAUGGCAAACUCCACGCCCGCAAAUGAAGACGGCCUCGUCCUCGAACCAUUCCUCGGCCACGACAACACGGACAUAAUCCACCUCGUCCGCACCUCCAUCACCCGCUCCGUCGACGCCAUGAUCGCUCCCCUCACCACCGAAAUCCACACCAGCCUCUCCUUCUUCCUCCCCCCCCACCCCCCCCAACCCUCCUCUCCGGCGAAGAAGAGUGGUACCCCCUAA